AUGGCUUCAAACGAGAGUAUCCUCGUCAAGGAAGACUAUACGAAUAGUUUCCUUCCACAUGAACUUCGAUUUUGGAUCAUACUUUCGUUUAAUACCCUUUCGCUAGUCUGUUCUCUUUUUCAACUCUAUCAUCUGUGUACAAAACGUGCUCUUCGCACGGCAUUAAAUAAUCAUUCGAUUAUUGCUCUUCUUUGUACUGGAUUGAGUAGUCAACUAAUUGAUAUUCCAUUCUAUGUCGUUUACAUUCGUCUCGGUUACGUAUGGCCUUCAACACCAUUUUUCUGUCGUUUUUGGUGGUAUGUGGACAUGGAAGCCUUGGAAGUCACUGUGUUUCUCGUGUUGUGGACAUCGCUCGAACGACAUAUGCUCAUCUUUCAUGAUAGAUGGUUCGUAACUGCAAAGAAACGUUGGCUUCUCCAUUAUCUACCAUUGAUCUUUUUCAUUGCCUAUCCAUUGUUAUUUUAUCUGAUCAUUCUUCUUUUCGUAACGUGUGAUUAUCCAGCUUCGUAUGAUUAUACACAACCAUGGUGUUACUAUUCACCUAUCUGUUACAAUGACAUCAUUCUUGUUCGAUAUGAUAUCUUAGCCAAUUGGACAGUGUGUGCGACGUUAAAGCUUCUAUCGGAUGUUGCAUUGAUCGGUCGAUUCAUUUGGCAUCGUCGUAUUCGUCUUCAUCAGCCUGUUCAAUGGCGAAAACAUCGAAAAAUGUUUCUCCAACUCAUGUCAAUUUCCAUGCUUACAUCAAGUUUCUCGAUGCCACUUCUGAUCUUUUAUUUGCUCGUAAAUUUUGCUAAUCUAUCAACCAAUAUAAAUCCAAAUCUGGAAUUGAGUCUGCUCUAUUUACUUUUAUGUUCAAUUCUAUGCUUACCAUUUGUUAUGCUUCUUUCAUUUCCGAAAAAAUAUUGGCUAGAUAAAUGGAAAACGUUGUUAUGUGAACGACGACGACCACCAUCACGACAGAUUGCACCUGCUCGAAUCUUUCCGCCAUCUUGA